AUGAAGAUGGUGAUGCCCUCCUGGUUUGACCUGAUGGGGCUGAGUCCCAACACCCCAGAGGAUGAGGCUGGCAUCAAAAAGGCUGCAGAAAACAUCAAGGCCCUGAUUGAGCACAAAAUGAAGAAUGGGAUCCCUGCCAAUCGAAUCAUCCUGGGUGGCUUUUCACAGGGCGGGGCCCUUUCCCUGUACACAGCCCUCACCUGCCCGCACCCUUUGGCUGGAAUCGUGGCGUUGAGCUGCUGGCUGCCUCUGCACCAGAACUUCCCCCAGGCAGCCAACGGCAGUGCCAAGGACCUGGCCAUCCUUCAGUGCCAUGGGGAGCUGGACCCCAUGGUUCCAGUACGGUUUGGGGCCUUGACAGCUGAGAAGCUCUGGUCUGUGGUCACACCUGCCAAGGUCCAGUUCAAGACAUACCCAGGUGUCAUGCACAGCUCCUGUCCCCAGGAGAUGGCAGCUGUGAAGGAAUUUCUUGAGAAGCUGCUGCCUCCAGUCUAUUCAGAGUUGCUGGCCCCCAGUACAAUUCCCCAGCUCACAGGGAACCCAGCAAAAAGUGUGGCACCAUCUUGGAUCUAAGCCGGUUGAGCCCUCAUUUCCCCCCUCCCCACCCCAUCCUCUUCCCACAGGCCUCUGGGGCAGGCGGCCAAGGCCUGGCUGCCUCUU